CUAUCUCCUAUACGGCUCUCCGGCUUGCUCUCUUAUACGCAAUACAUAAUGUAGAUCCGACCGCCAACAUCAUAACCUAACAUUAUGCCAUUUACUAUUCGCAUACCCCACAAUCUGAUACCGAUCUAGUCCAGUCUUCGGUGGUCGGCCGUGGUAGAAACCCCAUGCUGAUAAUUAAUCUUGUGCAGCCCCGGCAUCUCACCUCAUGGCAUCACGAAUUCCACCCCUCCUAGACACUUACCUCCACCUACCACCUGAGACAUCCCUCGUCCUUCUUAGUGGGGUUCUAGGGUCGAGUACGAACUGGCUGGUUCUCCGCUAUCUUUGCUCGCUACUUUCGACCCCAUCCAACUCGAUAGCAAGAGAAGAGGAUGUCGAUUCGUCUAGCAUAGAGAAUACUAGUGUAGUUUUUAUCAGUUUUCUACGAGACUACACCUUCUGGAAGGAGGGUGCCGGAAAACUUGGUCUUGAUCUUGAUGCAUUAAUCAAAAAGAGCAAGUUCAUCUUCGUCGACGGUCUCUCUAGCUUGUAUUGCGCAUCAUCUACCCGCCCCCAAGGGCAGCCGCAAGAUACUGUCACCGGGAGACAGAUCCUGUCUGUUGCCUCGUUACACCAUUUACGCAAAGAACUCGAAGAUGCCGUAGCGCAGGUUCAGCGCUCUACUUCUAAGCAAAGAACCGUCUUAAUUUCUGACCAGUUGGAUUUGUUAUUGGCUGCCUCUGGGAACGAUAUUUCGAGCCAAGCACUACGGGAUACGUUGCUUAGUAUUCGCGAGAAAGUACAUUCAUCCAUCGUCACCCUAUCUGCAGAUGAACCAUUAAUGUCAUCACAAACGACGCCGUUAGAAAAGGAGCACGCUGCAUUCGCUAUAGCCUUGGCCCAUGAUGCCAACCUUGUCAUCAGUUUGAGGAUGCUGGAUACGGGAACCGCUAGAGACGUAAGUGGCGUCAUAAGAGUCACCCCGGGCGGCGGAUACAAUGGAAUAGAUGGGACGAUCGAGGAACGGGAAUUACUAUACCUCGUAGCGGGCGAUGGCGGAGUCAAAGUAUUCGAACGGGGUCAAUAACCAUAUUGCCAGUGAUUCAUUUCCAGGAAAACAAAAAGUGAGCAAAAGCAUAGGUUGAAUCAGUCAAGAUAGCUUCAUGUGAUUAGGUCUAGGAGCCUACUCCUAAGCUCAAACUAGAUCCCACCAUCAAACCCAUCUUCCCUAAACCGAUAGGCAUCCUAAAGGCCCACGGACGUCGAGUAGUUAACUCGCCAUGUAACAAUUAGAGAGCCUCGUCAAACAUGUGAGAUCAUGAUGCCAUUUUGUUCGGAAAUGCUAGCAUUACAUUUCCGCCGAACUCAGAAUAUGUAC